AGUUUUCAUAUAAACAUUGGAAUUCAACAAGGCCAAUAUGAUACAGUUAUGGAAUAUAAUCGUACAAAAAUCUGUAGUUUUAACACUUCUUAACACUGAGAUAUUUCAACUUGAUGUUGCAGCCAUUAUUAUAACGAUUAUUAAGUAUUUUUAUUACCAUUGAAGCAAUAUUCAUACAAAUAUAACUGUAUGUAGCCUAUUGCUGUAAAUUAAAAGCCUCCAGCAAUAAAUACAACUGAUACAACUAAGUAGUGGCUACCUUCAAACAUAGUUGAAUUGAAGCUAUUGUGCAGAACAUGAAAGUUGUUAAGUUGUCCAUUUUAACUGGACAGUUAAAAAAUAUUAUUAUGACCAACAUAUUUCAUUCUGGGACUUCUGUGAAAGAAUGUCAUAUUUAUUUAUUUAGACUAGGCCUACAUUUAAGUAUGUUUGCUCUUAAUGAAGACACAUGUGAGGUUUUCCUAUACUAAUUCGGUACUAAUAAUCAUUUCAAUAUCAAACGAUGCAAAUGCGUGCAACUAAAAGGCUCGUGUAUGCAUUCGUUUUUAUUGACUGCACAUGCUUGGGCUGCUUUGAGCAGAUCGUCUAGUUGAUUAUAUUUCGUAAAAAUUGAAGAUACCAAUGGCAGACCCCCUAAAACUAUGUCCGUUUAUUAUGUCUGUAAAAACCGUUACAAAAGACGUGUGGAAGUAUUGGUAAAUGCUGUUGCUGGCUUGAAAAUAGUCUUUGUCCUGUUCAUUAACAGGUGCAUAGGCUAAUAUCACUGGUAGUUGCUUUGUGAAAGUGGUCAUGAUGGGCCUUCUUGGAGGUUCUUUUGAGGAACCUAUAGAAAUUUGAACAUCCCUGUAGGGUAGGCUACAGAACUGUAUAGGUCGUGGUACACAACAAACGAGAUUUCUUUUUGUACAUUUGUCAUCAGAAAGGGCAUCAACACUGGAAGGGGAUGCUUUCGUGAUAAAUCACGUCUUCUCUUGCACUCAAUCCUUUAUCACCAUGUCAUUUUAACAUAGAUCGUAUACAUUCAGCUGUUUCGUUUUCUAUUCAAUGUAUAUGUAACUAUAUCGAAUUAAUUUCUCAUAUUACGAUAACAAAAAGAGACGCAUAUACCGCUCGAACACAUUUUUGCUGUGAUAAUGCCUGGCCUGCUAUUGGUGCUUGUUUACACGAUGCCCACAGGAGGCGCUGAUUGGUCGCAUUUCUCACGUGACCGACCAACUUUGUACAUUUGACAGAGGAGUAGGUGGGUUUUGGAGAGAUCAGAAAAACGACAGCACGAUAAAAAUUAGAAUUGUUGCACUUUUCAAAUUAAUGAUCAUGAGUUCCUACUUGAUCAAUUCAAAUUACAUCGAACCUUCUUUCCCACCCUGCGAGGAAUAUCAGCAGAACGGAUACAUGCCCGUGUCCUCUGAUUAUUAUGAGCGGCAGAAAGACGCGGGCUUCCCCCAUCACGAGGAGACAUCAUACCCGCGAUCAAACUACCAAGAGCCGAGCUAUGAUUACGGUAAUGUGUCAACCAACGGCCUCAACGAUUUCACCGACCGUCAUCACGCGCAACCUCAAUCCGUUCCGCAGAAUCAUGGACCCCGCCUCACCACAGAGAGCUGUGCUGGUUCAAUUGCGAGCAAGGAUUGUAGCCUCGUGUCAGAGGCUCUCCCAGGCGCACAGAAGGGUAAAGAGCCGGUGGUGUAUCCCUGGAUGAAAAAAGUCCAUGUUAAUACUGUGACCGCCAGCUACUCUGGAGGAGUGCCCAAGAGGUCUCGCACCGCCUACACACGACAGCAGGCUCUUGAGCUUGAGAAAGAAUUCCACUUUAACCGAUACCUGACUCGACGUCGACGAGUGGAGAUAGCACACACUAUGUGUCUUUCUGAGCGUCAGGUGAAAAUCUGGUUUCAGAACCGCCGCAUGAAGUGGAAGAAAGACCACAAGCUGCCCAAUACAAAGAUCCGCUCCUCAAGCUCUGCGCCCUCCAACCAACACGUGAAAACGGAUGCCACUCAGCAGCAGCAAACGCUGCUUCCCACGCCGUGUUCCUCGAACCUAUAGUGCUAGAAGCAAAUCGACACAGACGGAACUGAACAAGAAAGAAGAACACAUUGCAGUAUUAGGAUCGGAAUUUCACAGGGUCACUUUUUAUUCAGUGUCCGACGAGGCAAACUUCGCCUUCCCAACCUCUUCCUCCACUCUAAUUUGAGCUGGAAAUCACAUCCUUCCUGUAAAAUAGUUUUUCUCUCCAUUAAAGGAACAACAGUAGAAUGUACUUUAACUUGGACAAUGGAUCAUUACGUUUUCUGUCUUUAACCGAGGCAUACCGAGUCUUGUUUGUGAAGAUCAACGCUAGUGACGCGUGUACAAACUGACAUUUUAACAUGAAGGCACAAGUAUAGGAACAAUCGUCCUGGAGUAGAUAUCUUAUUUGUCUUAGUUACAUAUGAGUAUUGUUAAGUGUAUUUACGUCAUCAAAGCUGUGAAUAUUCGUGUAUUUGGUUAUUUGUAUAUUGGUGAAUGAUGUCGAGUUGUUUUAGUAAGCCUGUAUGCAAUUGUAGGCUACCCGUGGAAAUAAUAAAUAUGACUUUAUUGUGCUUUA